UCAGACAGCAACAGCUCAGCAGCAGUGUACGGCGGCGUCCCUCGGCACCAUCACGCUGCCACCUUGAUCCACCCCUGACUGGACCUUCCUACCGUCACUAUGGGAUGCGAGGAGGAGGUGCUCAGGAUCAAGAAGAAGCUGGAUAAGAUGACUGCCAGCGAUGGGGAUCAAACACAGGCUUUGGACAUACUUAAAACUUUGCAAGGGCUCCCUAUCAACUUCCAGGUGCUAUCAAAAACUCGCAUUGGCAUGACUGUGAAUGCCCUGCGGAAAGCUUCAUCUGACGAGGAGGUCAUUUCUACUGCAAAGCAACUAAUCAAGAACUGGAAGAAAUUUGUUCCUGACAAGAAAGAUGAUGAAAAGGAGAGUAAGGAAGAAAAGAAGGAAAAGAAGGAAGAUAAGAAAGAAGUUAAGAAUUCCAACAACAGCAACAACAGUGGUGCCCGACCAUCCAUCUAUCCUUCCUCAUCCAUGCCCAAUGACACACGGAUGAAAUGUCGGGAGAUGCUCGCAAAUGCUCUAAAAUUAUCAAGUGUGGAUGACCCUAUUGACACAAUAGACAACCUGGCUGAACAAAUUGAAGAAGCAAUUUUCCAAGAGUUUGGCAAACCAGAGGCAGCUUACAAGAACCGCCUCAGGUCCCGAAUCUACAACCUAAAAGACAGUAAGAACCCACAGCUGCGAGAAAAUGUUCUGCGAGGUGCUAUCACUCCACAGAAAAUGGCUGUCAUGACUUCAGAAGAGAUGGCCAGUGAUGAGAUGAAGGCAUUGCGUGAGAAGUUCACAAAGGAGGGAAUUGAUGACCACCAGCUGGCUGUGGCUCAGGGCACCAAGACAGAUCUUCUUAAGUGUGGCAAGUGUGGACAGCGAAAUUGCACCUAUAAUCAGAUGCAAACCAGAAGCUCUGAUGAACCUAUGACCACCUUUGUGUUGUGCAACAACUGUGGAAAUCGCUGGAAAUUCUGUUGAGCUCCUGUACCAACAUCUCACUGAGACCAUAUGGAUGCUAACAUAUUCACUUUCUCAUUGGCUGUUUCAGUGACAAAGGAAAGUAUUUAUAUCUCACUUGAGAAGUGCCCACAGACUCUUGUUCUGGAUUCUUCCUAGUAGUAUCUAGAAGGAAUGAGUUAAGUUUGGCUCCCUUUCUUCCAACGAUUGUUGGCCACUUUUACUCAUGCAGAUUUCUGUUCACUGCCGUAGAGGACGGAGAUGAACACUGGGUACGUUUCAAUGAUAGAUGUAAAAUGUUCAUAUUAAUUUUAGGAGGACAUAGGAUUAUCUAGGUAGGCAUUUACACCAAAAAUUUUCAAACUAUCAUGUGAAGAUAAAAUUCAGUCUAGACAUAGUUGUUUACUUGCUUUUUGUCAUGGUUGAAUGAAUAUAUUUAUGAAAAUUAUUUUAUGAAUGUUAUUGGUGACUAUUCUAGAGCAGGAAAUACCUUAUGUAAAACUGUCAAGCAUUCUCUUGCAUCCAUUUGAUCAGUGUUCUGAAAACUUAAGGAGAGAGGAAUUUUUACCAUUACAGCAUUAUUCUCUUGCUGUGUUGAGGGCCAAUGUUUGUAAGGGAGUUAAAAGAGGAUGUUGGUCAGGUUUACACCAAUAGACUUAAGCUCCCCCACAUACUGGUCAGGAUUUGUUUUUUUUUUAAACUAGAUAAACAAAAAAGAUCAUCUGAUUGUUCUUUUCACCAUACCCUGUCAUCUCAAAACGUCUGUAAAUAUAUUUCCUGAGAACAGCUCAGGAGUGUAACAAUUUGUGAUUGCUUUGGAGUGAUGAAAGUGAUAGCAUAUUUUGUAGCUUUUCUAAAUUACUAAUCUAUUUAAUUGAUUUGAAUACAUUUUCUUUCUUGUGUGAUUUUCUUUUUACUUAAUCUUGUACUAAAGUGUUGAGCCAGAUGGCUUCUUGUGUUGCAAAUUUGUGAUAUAGAUAACAUUUGAAGUUCUGGUGUCAUUAUGUUAAAUUAUUGAUAACUAAAUACACAAGUACCUCACUGUCUUGUUAUAUUGUUGGUAGUUGAAUUUUCUUACCCAUAACUAACAACUAAUUUAGAAAAUGUAUUUGAAAUAUAUUUACAGAAUAGUAUCAGUACUUGCAGUAGUGCUAAAAUAGCUUUUUAUGUAAUUAACUUUUACUCCAGUACCAUUCUACUGGGUCUAUCAAGGAAUUUUUGGUUUAAAUGUGACAUUGCAAGGUUUCUGUAAUAGAGUACUGUAAGAUAAUCUUGUAGGAACAAGCUGCACAAGGCAGAUGUCAUCUGGUCUGGAGCAUGUGUAAGUGUGGCAAGCUUUAUAUAGGACCAAUAUUUUUUUAAUUGGAUUCUUAAUGCUUGGACUCCAGCACCUCUUGUCAAUACAAAUGUACCUGUCA